CGGAAGUUUCAGAGGUCACAAGUGCUCCGAAGUCGUCAACCCAGUUCCAAUAAUACUCCGUUUUGAUGGAUAAACUUGAGACACUGGAUUAUAUGUACACGUGAUGUGCGAGGUUACUGUCCAAAGACUUCGCAUUGUCUAGACAACCAGAAGGAUGUGAUGGAACAAGCUAACAGAGGCUAAAUGUCACUGGACAGCCAUGGGGGACCAAGAUUUUAAGGUGCCCAUGAGUACUCAGCAGCCCCGCAACCCUGGAGGUCCUAUUAUUGAGGCGUCCCCAGACCCGGAAGAGUACAACCGUGCCCUCAAGAUCAUCCUUGGCACUGUUGUUGGUGUGAUUGGUAUUGUGGGACUCAUAGCCUUGUUCUUCCUGUUAUUCAAGUUCUGGAGGAGGCGCCAGGAUCCCCAGCAUGGGACUAUUGGGCGUGAACGAGCUGCAAGUCUGCGGUCCAUCUCUAUUGAUGUCAGCAACAAGCAGCUGCCAGGCGUGCUGGUCUUGUACUCCUACGACUGCCCCAUGCAUGAGAAGGUGGUCCAAUCACUGGCAGGUUUCCUCAUGGAGGUGUGCUGCUGUAACGUAGUGCUUGACCUGUUUGAGGAACAGAUCAUCCACGAGAGAGGUCUGGAUGAUUGGUUGAUAGAACGGCUUCAGGAAGUUGACUACAUCAUGGUUGUGUGCUCUGUAGGUGCUCGAUUAAGAUGCUCAAAGAAACGUGUUCGAUUCAAAAGUGAGACAAGUCGAACGUUGCCAGAUUACUUUGCUGUUGCUGUGGAUUAUGUCGGUGAAAAGAUGCGAGUUGAGAGGGGGAAGGGCUUGCCCAUGUCGAAAUUCAUCACAGCAUACAUGGAUUAUUCAAUGUCCAGUGAUAUUCCUCCACAACUUGAAACUGGGACCAAGUUCUGUCUCAUGAAGGACCUGAAUAAAUUGUACAACCAUUUACAUGGCCUUGAACAUGAUGAUAACAAGUUGGAGGCCAACUACCCAGGGGUGUCUGAGAGUAAUUACCAUAAGUCGGAGGUUGGUGCUGAACUGUAUGUGGCAAUUGAACAAGCCAAGGAUUACUUCCAGAGCAACCCCAAUUGGGUUGAGGACCGUUUACAGCAGGCACCACCAACACAGAGUAAGUCAAAAUCUCGCCAUCGACGCCACAACUCACAAGAACAACCUUUACUGGACCCAACCUGCACGGAACAUGUAACACCUUCCAUUACUAACUGUGUUGAUGCAGCAGUUGAGGUGCACACGCUUCCGCGACGGUCUAGCGGUAAAGAUGCAGGACAGGUGAACCUAUUUUUGUACAGUCGCCAGAACUCCCUGCCCUCGUCACUAAGUAGCCGCCUCACCGUUCACACGUCAUCGAACCAAGUGAAUGUGUCAAAGAGCUAUGACAGUUUCCGGAAUGCAGAGAAGUUCCGUGAUUCCAACUCGGUUGCCUGUGUGCUCUGUGGCAAACACUCCCAUCCUGAUGGCAGGUUGUCGUGUAAAGGACGCAAGUCUGAGCAGUCAGACAUAGAAGUGGAUCCGGAGUACAGCCAGUCAAAGAACAAAAGUAAAUCAAUGCCGACAGUGUGUGGCAACAGCCUGAAUGGAUCCCAGACAGUGCUGCACGCCGAGGUCCACAAGGACUGGGACACUGCUGGUAGAGUGUCUCCUAUUUCUGACUUGCAGGAAACCGAUUCCAAUGGAUCAGACACCUUGGAGAGGGACCUUCGGUCCAUCACCAUGCCUCCCACCUUUGACAAUGUACAUUAUUCAACUUCAGCAUAUCUUCUGAGUGAACUUGUUCCCCUGCGAAGUCUGUCCUCCUCUGCUCUUGUGGUGUCCAACUCGGAUGAUCGUAUCCGCCCUGUGCCGACCCUUCAGCCAGUGGAACUAGGACAGAGCGACGAGUCCUAUGGGAAUGGUUUCUCACUUGGUCCUGUCAUCAACUUAAACCAUGUCUGAUUAGGGCAAUUUGUGCUUCACUUUGCCAAACUCAGGGUUUGACAAAUGUAUUUUUAUCAGAUAGCGAGGAUGGGAGUGUCAACAGACAGUUCACAAGUUCCACAGAAAUGAGAAAACAACAAUAACGUCUGUCUUGAACAGUAUUUCUUAUCUUUCAUAUAGUCAUAUGUUUUGAAAAUAUUUUGCAAAUAAUCAGAACAUUCACAUGAGAGAAUAAGCAUUCUAUAAAUUCCUUUAGGUACCUAAACCACUGGAGUUAAUUAUUGAUUUCGACCUGAAAUUGUUUUACUGGCUGUCUAGCGUGUCUAGUGGGCCAGUGUACUUGUUAUAGCCUUCAGUUACAUGUAAUGUUAUGUUUACCAUGUAAUAAAAGAAUAAGUUUCUGCCACUUCAAACUCAA